GUCCAGCUUCACGCUGGCUUUGGGUUUCCAAAAUACUGCCGUUCUUAAACAAAACUAAAUUAAAAAAAAAGAAAAAAAGUUAUAAUAAUACAAAGUUUAUUAUCAAUUUUGUUCAACUAUAGCCUAACAAACCCCGAUAUCUUAUUCCUCCAUCUAACUCACAAAAGGCGCCAUCAAAAUCACCGGAGUACGGUCUAUUGACGGUGAAAUCGGUCAUGUUGCUUCACACUUGCACCGUUUCUCGUUUAUUGAAUUCCACAAGUCAAAGUCAAAACAUCAGAGUCGAUCACGAGACCACUCGAUUCUACUCAAGAAGAAGAAGAAAUCUCAAAGUUUCUUCAACGUUUGCGUCUCUCAGAUUUGGAACGGAUGUAAUCGUUGAAAUACUUCACAAUAAGGCGCUGAUAGCAGCAACGGUGUGUGCAGCAGCUGGACAAUUAGCAAAACCUUUUACUGCAUCCCUUUUGUAUAAACGAGAUUUCGAUCCAAAAGCUGCAAUUUCAGCUGGAGGGUUUCCUUCAACCCAUUCUUCUGCAGCUGUGGCUACCGCAAUGUCUAUUGGUCUUGAAAGGGGUUUCUCGGAUUCGGUUUUUGGAUUAGCGGUUGUCUAUGCUGCUCUUACCAUGUAUGACGCGCAGGGCGUUAGAAGAGAAGUGGGAGUUCAUGCAAGAACAUUAAACAAAGUAUUAACGAAAAAGCAGACGAACGCAUAUGCAUCAUCUGAUCCCAACCGUUCGAUUGAAUCUUCAUCCAAAAAGCUGUUGUCAAGUUCAGAAUCAGACAAUAAUUCCCUCAUGUUGGAAAAGAGAGUGAACUUAUUAACAGAUGAUAUUGAAAAUUAUGGUAUAAUUUCUGGUCAACUGAAAGAGUCAAUUGGUCACACUGAAAUUGAAGUUGCAGCAGGUGCAUUGUUGGGUGUACUUGCAAGCUUAGCAGUCUACUCUAUAUGAUAGAUACUUUGUGAGUUUUGCAGGUACACUAAUUUACUAAAGUUAUAGCUACUGUUAUUUAUUGAUUUGAAUUAAAUUCAGUUUCCCACUUUGUAUCCUUUUAUAUCAGUUAAUUCAUUUUUACACUGAUAAUUGAUAA